UUGCCAAUUCCUUCUCCAACGUUACAACAAAAUCGUUAGGCCAGUCAAUGUCUGUAGAUAGCCGUCGAAUAGCCUGUGGAACAGCUAAACUAUUAACUUCAAAUUCCUCAUAUAGUAAUGGAAGUUCUACUAAUAGCACAGCAACAACAACAAGUAAGAAGAAACGUCCAAAUUUACAACAAAUAGCUUCUACUAAUUCCAACACAGUUAUUUGA